AUGAUUUCCUGGCGGACGUUAGGCGGAAGUGUGGAAGCCGGGUGUAUCUGUAAUCGGAAAUAUGUGAGCCUGGAUCUGUUUUUCAAAAGAGAAGAGGAGGCGGAUUUUAGAAAAAGAAGCAGAGCUGGGGCAGAAGUACUCAAGAAGCGCGGAGAUGGUCGGGGCACAGAAGGAGAAGAAGUAGAAGACGGCGCGAAAAAAUUGCAGCUUCUACCCGGUCGUGGCCCGCCCAGCGGCCACGACGACAAUUCCACCUCUCCAACUGAGCUGUUCCCCGGUUGCCACGAGGUCCCCAUUCACCUUCCCUUCCGUACUGCCAAGCACGCGGGAGACGAAAUUUGUCCCGCCGUGCUGCAGAUGGCCGCGUCGCAGACGGCGAUGUUGUACGCAUUUGAGCUGCUGGUGAAGUAUCAACUGUAAAAAUGUCUGGGUCUGGAAGAAUUCAUGUUUGUCAUGCUUGUCUGGCAUGACUCUUAAAUCUGUCAUGGACGUUAUCCAAGAGCUCCGUUUUUCUGUGAACCAGAAGCGCAGUUUGUCAUGCAGAAUAGGCAACACCUAGGAGCUCAGAAACUUGUCAUGCUGAGCCAGCAUUUGUAGCCUCAUCACGAGACGCCACCCAGCAUCACAAGUUCCCAGACCCAGACACUUUUACUUUUGAUAUGAAGCGGUUGGAGCCAAAUUUGCUUUUGAGCUACGACAUCCCGGAGGGCCUGGGGCUGGUGAUGUACCACGGGAGGAAGGAAAACAUGCAGGUGAGACUGUCGAGAGUGCCCGCGGAGGAAAGAAGUUUCAUCAAUCCUUCUUUCGUUGCUGCUAGUGGUGGUGCUGUGGGACGACCAGGGACCGGAACAGGCGGUCCGAGGCCGGGGGGCGUGCAGCAGGUAGGCUUCAACCGAGGUGGUCAAUUUUCAGGACUAGGACAACAUCAAACUGCACCGAUGCAGCAGUUGAACCAGUUUGCACAGCAGCUGCCUUACGGCAGUUCCUUCCAACAACAGCGUCCCACGAUAAGCCGCGCUCCUUCCGGGGCUGCAGUGGUGGAAGUCGCAGCUGCAGGUUCUUCUUUCGCGUUUUCCCGCCAGACAGCUCAUAUCAAGCACGAAGGCCGUGAUCGUGUAGAACAAACUUCCUUUCUCAACCAGGACAAAGAGGCCCUCAACGGAGAUUUUAGCCAAGCGUCUGAUGAGGACAACCAGAACCAUUUCAAGAUGAUAAGCAAUUGCAAUACAAAUUCUCGCACACGACGUAUAAAAUGCAUCACAAAUAAUAGAAAUAACUUCGCCACGUGACAACUUGGAGUGUUGUAUACACUUGUCAUGCGAGCCAGGAGCGAAGGCAAGGUCUGUCAUGCAGCAGCCGCAUUUGUACGUCGUGUGUGGGAAUGAAUGAAUUUACAAUUCAUAGAUGAAAGGACUGAACAACAACACGUCCUCGUCCGGAACGGAGAACGACAAUGACAUCUUCUAUCACAGUGCACUACUCCCCCUCCCCCCCAUUUGUAUAGCAUGAACGGCACCACAAGCCUCAGCAACAGUGCCGGUUUCGCAUGACAAAUUUGCACUGGAUUUUACUGCUAUUUGGGCUAGUACCAGAACAACAUGUCAUGCAAACAGGAGUGCCAAGAAGCAAGAAAGGGUGGCUAGUGUAUUUUGCAUGACAGAUGAGGGGGAGGUGGAGUUGUGCAGUGUCACAACCGCAACAACGCAAACAAAAACGACUCCGACAACGACUCAGAUGACGAGAAAACUUUCCACGCGAAAUACCCCGCGGAAAAAUUAACCGGCGGUGUGCAACUGAAGGGAAGAUUGACUUUCAGCCUGUGGCGGGUGCUGCGGAAGCAGGCCAAGCUGCCGAAUACGGAACUGAACACCGCCUGUGAGCAGCUGGUUGGGGAAAAAUUUCCCACGUUCAGCAACGAAACGCUGAAAAAGUAUUGCGAGCGCCCGGAGUUAGCGAUUCACGCGAUUCGGUACAUGAUAUGGAUUGCAAAAGUAUCGUACUAUGUAUGAAUUGCAUGAUCACAAAUCAUGUUUGCAAGAAGAAAAGUGUGAUUUUUUGUAAUGCUGGUUUACCUAAAGUACGGGUUUUGCUUGCCCCCUGCCAUAGCCAUUACUACGAGUACGAUAUGAUUUUUCCAGUGCAUACGCGAUCCGCAAGUGCAACGCUUCGUUUAACAUUCUGCAAUCCAUGGACUUGAUGCAGAAGUGCGCCGAAGUUUCCCGGUUGCUUGGCGUGGACUUUUUCUCGGUCUUGUCCCGGGGCUCUCAGUUCCGAGUUGAGUCGAUUUUAUCCCGGGCGGCGCACAGCGACAAAUUUGUGCUGCUGACGCCAACGAAAAAUGACGUGCGGAACCAGCGGGCGCACGAAUGUACGCCUUUGGUGCUGUAUCAAAAUGAAAAAUCCUCCUCCCCAUUCUAAAACGGAGAUUUGUGUAGCAUGAUUUGCUACCACAAAUCAUGUUGUCAUGCUAGAAGGCAAACGAUCGAUGCGGACUGCAGUGCUGGCUGGCGUGGGAAGGCCUUGCAUCUUUCGCAUGCCCGGAGGCAAUUCCAAGUGGUAAACAGCAUGACAAAAAUCCAGGCCACAGCUGCGUCUCUUGGCCUUCUAGCAAUACAAGUCGACUUGUAUACGCAAAUCCAGCAUCACAGACGUCCCUUUCAAUAUAAUGGGGAGGGGGGUUUUUUCCUCGCAAUAUUCUGGAGCCGAAGUCCGAUUUCUACUACGAUCCGGUGCUGAUUGUGGAUUUUCAGUCCCUCUACCCCAGUAUUAUGAUUGCGUAUAACAUGUGCUUUUCGACUAUGGAAGUGUCAGAAUCGAAACUGACAAAGUCGAACAAUUUGUAAAUGCAUAAAAUCGAUACCAGUUGGACUUGGAGCUUCAGUUAGCAAGUGGCCCAUGACAAAUUUCGCAAGCACCCACAUCCAGCCUGUCAUGCUGUUUGGGCAAAGAAGACUGCUGCUGUCGUGCUACUCUGGCAGCGAAUCGCCCCCCCUAAACAGGCUUGCAAUCGGUCUCAUUUGCGUGCUCCCCAACACAGGCCACACGUGCCCUACAUGUUACGCAUUACUUUUCGAUUCUGACGCUUCCAUAUCGACCUGUAUUGGCAGACUGGAAAACGCGGGAGACAGGAUUAUGGAGGAUAACAUUUUCCGCAGGACAAAGUUCGACAACGACAUGCGGGGCGGGCCUAAGAGCGGAGCCGACUUUGAAAGCAAAAGCGGGGCAGAACAAUUUCUUGGAGGUGACAAAGACCACAAAUUUGACGAAGAUGAAACAGAUAAAAGCAAAACCAACUUCCCUAACUGGAUCAAUCGAUUGGUAGAGCAGUGUCUACGCGAAGAGCUGGUAAGGAAGGCCAAGAUGAAAGCUACUUCAAUAGAGCAAAAAGAAAAUCCCGAAGAUGACAAGUCCGAUGACGACGACCCGACUCUGAAGGAAGAAGUCCAGUAUCUUUUGCAAAAGUAUCGUAAUCGUAGUAGUCGCAGGUAUGCAUUACAAAUCGAGUUGGUUAGGUAAACCCGCAUUACAAAUUUGAUUUGUAAUGCAGAGGCAAUUUGUAUUGCGAUUUUUACUUUGUACGAUACAUUUCCAGUGCAUAUCCAGCGCUUUCUUACCAAACCGCGGAAGCUCGGUUGUCUGCAGGACUACAAACCGAAUAAGAACGCAGAUCUAGACUCCACGAUCGCUCUACGCAAUACAAAUUUAUUGCCGUACACGUACAAAUACAAAGAAAAAGCAUACACAAUUUUUCGGUCAUGCAAUUUGUCAUGCUGAGUAAGCUUGCUGGAGGCGUGGGUGUCGAAAUAGAGCAGCUGUAUUGUCAACAUGCAUUUCCUCCAGAUGCAUUUGUGCGUGUACGGAAUAAACUUUCCUGUUGAUCCAGUCUCCCGAACGGCGCCAUUUUUAUCCAGCAUUUCAAAGGCGUGGUCACGAAGAUUAUGCAAGAAAAAAACUGUGUAAGUGUAAAUCUGUGACGCAGAAAAUGCAAAACAGUUACACUUGUCGCGCUGGACACGCAUCAGAGGCAAUUUUCGUGCGUUUUUUCACGUACUAGCUGCGCAUGACAGGUUUUCUGUGUCAUGCAGAGCAAACUUGUGAUGCUAUUUUUCUCUUAAGACACUUACACUUACACAGUUUUUUUCCUGGAUAAAGAUGAUUCACGAGAUUCUGCAAACCCGAAUCAUGCUGAAAAAAUCGCUGAAGCUCCACCGGUAUCAAAUGCAAAAAUGUCUGGGUCUGGAAGAUUCAUCUGAGACUUGUCAUGCACGGCGUGCGUGAGCUAUGAUGUCUGUGAUGCAUGCCCUAGCAUCACAGGUCUUUUGAGGGGUUCUUGAUGCCUAUUCCGCAUGACAAAUGCCCUCUCCGCGUAGCAGAAAUUAGAGCCCUUUUGCUGCUCAUGCAACACAAAUUUUUUAGACAUCCAAAUGCAGCAUCACAAGUUGCAUCCUUCCAGACCCAGACACUUUUGCAUUUGAUAACCGGAAAGCGAAGAAGUCCGACCCGGAUUUGGAGCGGCUGUUGGAAGCCCGGAUUUUCGGAUUGAAAAUGGUCGCAAACGUGACCUUAUGAAUUGCAAAAGCGAAUCGUACUCGUAUAAAUGCAUUACAAAUUCUCACAGCAUGAGAAAUAAAAUUUGUAAUGCGGAGUUACCUUGAGAAAAAAAUUUGUGAUGCACGACUGCAAUUUUUACUACGAGUGCGAUACGUUUGCAAUGCAUACACCUACGGCUACAUCGGCGCGGCGUACUCUGGCCGAAUGCCGUGCUGCGACUAUCCUCUGCAAAAGUAUCGCACUCGUAGUAAUCUUCACAGUCAUGCAAGACAAAUUUCUUUUUCAAGCUAAAUCAGCAUGGCAAAUUCCAUUUGUCAUACUGAGCAAAUUUGUAAUGCGAUUUCUACUAGUACGAUGCUUUUGCAUUUCAUAGCGACGUUGCCGAUGCGAUUGUUUACACCGCACGAAGGACGCUGGAGGAUACCAUGCGGGUGAUCGAAAGGGAGUUCAAAAACUGCGAGGUGGUUUACGGUGAUACCGAUUCGGUUUUCGUCCGGGUGAAAAACUGCGACUCUUUGAAUACGGCGUUUAACACGGGCGAAGCCAUUGUGCGGAAAAUCACUGAGCGGCACCCCUGGCCCAUGGAGUUGGAGCUGGAAAAGGUGUACUGGCCGUGCUGCCUGGUGUCGAAGAAGCGGUACGUUGGUUACAGCUACUCUUCCAGGGACCAGAAAGCCCCUUCGUUUGACGCCAAGGGGAUUGAGACGGUGCGGAGGGACAGCUUAUGACAGUGCACAAGAACUCCCCCUCCCCUUCAUUUGUAUUGCACGAACAGCAAUACAGACACGCCCACAUGUGGAGCCUGUGCAUGACAAGUUCAUGCGCCUAGUGUAGUACUGUUAGGGCUCCUUCCGGAAUCUGUCAUGCACACAGUACCAAGCAGCAGCGCUUGGAUUUGGUAUUUUGCGUGACAAAUGAGGGGGAGAGGGAGUUCUUGUGCACUCUCAUACAGCUGCCGCUGGACGCAGGAGAAUAUGAAGAAGGUUUUGGAAAUCAUGUUCUCCGGGGUCCAGGAGCAUCUCUGGGGGAAGAUGGAAGGGAUUAGUUUGGAUAAAGAAGGAGAUGACCAGGAAAUAAACAACAACAAAAAGCAGCAGGUUGAAAAGAAUCAUGAUCAUCCAGACUAUCUCGCUGAAAGCUCGCAUGACAAGUUUUACGACGAGCCAGUGUCGUGGAAACGGAAGAAGUUGAAGUUGCAGCAGCGCAACGUGAAACUAGCGAAGCAGUUUUUCCAGGAACAGGCACUGAGGAUCAGGAACAACGAAGUUUCGAAGUCCGACUUGCUGUUCUACAAAGAAACCAGAAGACUCGAGGAUUACGCGGUGCUGCCAGUUCAUGCGUACAUUGUAGAGAAAUCGAAACUGAUCCCAAAUAAACGUGUGCCCUACGGUAUGCAUUGCAAAAGUAUAAAUCGUUGUACCUACUAAACUUAGCGGAAAUGGCAUGACAACUUUCCUCAGCAUGGAGAAAUGCAAUUUGUAAUGCGGUUUUACGACCUUGACGAGACGUACAUUUAUAGUGCAUCACUGCGAUCAGGAUUACUGCGGGUACGAAGAUGCUUUUGCAAUGGAUAUACGGGAUCUCCGAGGGGCACGGGCGGUUACUGGAUAAAGCCCGGGUAUGGAAGCUUCAGGACUGAAAUCGUCAAAGUUGAAAUAGUUUGUAAUGCAUAAAAUGGGUGAAAGUUGUAACCCAGUUUCCAAGUGCCGCAUGACAAAUUUGGGUAGGGCCGAAAUCCAGUCUGUAAUGCUGUUUGGGUAAGGAAGACGCCGGCUGUCAUGCUACUUUAGCAGCGCAGUUUCUACCCCUCCACAGGCUUACAAUCUGCCUCACUUGCCUACUCUGCAAGACAGGCACAUUGUGGGCUGCGCUUUAUGCAUGACAAAUCAUCUCAACUUUGUCGAUUUCACUCCUGAUACAUCCAUACCGGGCGCCGAAAAACUUCGUCUACCCGGACGCGGAAUAUUAUCUGCUGAAACAUUUGAUCCCCGCACUGCAACGGCUUUUCACCAACAUAUGACAGUACACAACUCCCCCUCGUCAUUUGUAGGGCAUAAACAGCAUUACAAACACCAGUAGAGGUGGACCCUGUGCAUGACAAGUUCAUGAGCCGAGUGUAGUACUGUUUUGAUUCCCAGCGGAAUUUGUCAUGCACGCGGUGCCACAGGGUAGCAAGUGAGUUUGGGUUUUUGCAUGACGAAUGAGGGGGAGUAGUUGUGCACUGUCAUACAAUAUUGGGGAGGACGUGAAGUCCUGGCUCCCGAUCAAGCACCGGAACCUGCUAGCGCCCGCGAAAAUCCUCGGCGGGUUGCAGCUGAAGCCGGGGCCGUUGGUGAAGUUAUCACAGGAAACAAGGAGUGUAUACAGUUGCACAUGUGUUGGAAUUUCUGCAUCACAAAGUUGUUCGACAUGGCCAAGAAAUAAACCUGUGAUGCGCAGACUACAAUGGAAAACACGCACGAAAUAAGGCUGGCAAGCAUUUUCUGCAUGACAGAGGUUGUCUGUCUUGCGUGUCUUCCAUUACAGUGUGUAACUGUAACACUUUUUUCUCACGAUACAAGUUCUUGAAAAAGCAGUGCACCGUUUGCAAGGCGGUGAUUUUGCCUGAGGCGAGUGCUAGUGCAGCUGGCGGGAAGAUGCGGGAGAAGCAGAUGAAUCCUGCAGGAAAUAAGACGAACAGCAAGAUGACCACUUCCGGCCUGGUUCUCGGGGAAGGUUUAUCGGCUGUGCAACUGUGCCCCAAGUGUUUGGAGCAUCCGGAGAAGCUGUUGCGCAUGAUAGGAUCUGGGGUUUCAUCAACAUCUGCUGGCACGACAAGAAGUGCGAUCAGCAACGCAAAUUCGGUGCAGGCGUAUGAACUGCAAAAGUAUCGUACUCGUAUAAAUGCAUCACAAAUUUUCUCCGCAUGAGAAAUAAAAUUUGCCACGCUGAUUUACCUUGAGAAAAAUGUUUGUAAUGCAAGAAGUGCAUUUAUACGAGUGCGAUACUUUUGCACAGGAUAAGACGCUUUAUUCAACAAUAAGAACUACAGCAACGACGAACAAUAUCGUUGGGCAAAAACUGCUAUCCUGUGCAAAAGUAUCGUACUCGUACUAGUAAUUGCAUUCAUGCAUAAUUACAAGUCGUCUCCCUAGUCAGAAAUCCGCAUUACAAAUUCAGAUUUUAUUUCUCGUCAUGCUGAGGAAAUUUGUAAUGCAUUGUUAUACGAGUGCGAUACUUUUGCAUUGCAUAGCUGCAAAUGCGGCAGGAAUUGAAGGAUAUCGAGGACACAACAUGCGCCGACUGCGUCCAAGCCCCGCACCCGAUGGUAUGCAUUGCAAAAGUAUCGUACUAGUAUAAAAAAUGCAUUACAAAUUUCCUCAGCAAGAGAAAUAUAUUUUGUAAUGCGGAUCUACCUUGAGAAAAAGAUUUGCUUUUGCAAUGCAUGAUUGCAAUUGCUACGAGUGCGAUACUUUUGCAGUGUAUAGAUGGCACAGCUCUGCGAAAGUUUUGACUGCGCGGUGUUGG